GCGUUAACUCACGUUGCUCCAAGUUACGGUGAUGAUCCAGCCAUGUUCGCUAAGUCCCAUCAAGUCCACUCAGACCUAUCAUACGAUCUUCGAGAGCAGCUGCUCUGGGAUGUGGGGAUCCUUCACCAACUAAACAUCAGCCAUGACAUAACAGUGGUAGCAAUCGAGCCUUUAGCAGGGUUGCUCGCGAUAGGCACUGCCUCUGGCUCAGUCGUGGUGUAUGGAGGCCCCAGCGUCUCACUAACCCUUCAACUUCCCCAGCGCACAGGCAUAAAACAUCUCUUCUUUGCUUCCAACGUAUUCAAGUUAGUGUGUGCUGAUGCGAGGCACCAACUUCAUAUCUGGGAUUUGGCUUCUGAGGACUUGACAAAACCCCAGAAAUCAACGCAGUUCGAGAACAUCAGUGCACUGACUCUUUCGUCUUGUCAUACCCAUGUCAUGGUUGCACUGUCAACCGGAAUCAUCGCAACCUACGACCUGUUAUGCCUUCGCAAGUCACAGUAUUCCAUACCAAACCUAUGGAUUAUGAUGGACUCCAAACUUAAUCCAAGUAUGAAUGGCCUUACAUGCGUUGGGAAACUCUCCCUGGACUCUCCGGUUCAGGUGCUUCACCAUCCUAGAGACCUCAAUCUGCUGUUUGUUACGUAUAGAGGUGCCAUCAUACUUUGGAAUCUGACGGAAAAACGCGUCAUUCGAACGUAUCAAUUAGUCAUACCUGCUGGAGCACCAGGCAGUAAGGGACGAUUAAGAAAGGAUCUCAUGACCCAUCGAACAUUGGCUGUUACUGCCAUUGCAAUUCACCCGGCUGGCCACUUUUUUGCCGGUGGCUAUGAAGAUGGAUCGAUUGCCUUUUGGGCUAUUGAAGAUGAUGGUGGUCCGUUGCUUGUCAGAACGAUCGACGAGAUGGAUAUCAACGUCGUCAAUGCUGACGUCCUAGAACAACAUCUAGCCGAGAAAGAUAGCCCCAGUGAUCGUCCACAUGACCCUGACUCUGAGCCGAUCACCCAACUGGCUUGGUGUGGAUUUCCCAACUCAUCUGAUCCACGGUGUGGCGAUACUGCUCUUAUUAUACUAGGUGGUCAAGUCAGCGGCCAAUUUGGAAAUGUUCUCGUGCAGCGCAUGCCUGCAUUCAGCCCUUCCGAAACUUCUGACGCAAACCUUUCUCCCGCCAUGCGCCAGGCCAUGAGAGCCAGUUCUAUUCCAACCUCUACAUACGAAUACUUUGGCAAUGGAACUGUUCUUAGCUUCGCAUUAGUACCUCGCGGUAGCCCUCACUUUUUGGGUACCUGGGACCCUCUGGCUAUGAUACUGAUUUCGUCACAAGGCACUACGCCUCAGUCUAUGGAGAUUUUCUCUUUUCCUCCCCCGUCGUUCUCACAACCUGGAGACGAGUCAAAUUCUGACGAAGGGACCCCCAAGGACAUAGUCGACGACCUGGCGGAUACACUUGCUGACAUCAUGUCUGAUGGUGACCCCAAAGCGAUCGAUGUUCCCCCCGGGUUAUGGACAGGUCAUCACGGAAUAUCCUCCACACAACUCAUAGUCUUGCCCAACGAAUCCUACGAAAUUCUGGCUAAAUACACUGCUUCUGAAUCGCCAUUCCCUUUAGAAGGCGGCACAGCGUAUGUUCAGGAGUCAGCACUUAGUAACGCGAAACAAGGAAAGUACCAGCCCCGCCGCAUCCUUGUGACCGUCCAUCAAGACCUGUCGGUACGCUUCUCAGAUGCUAGCGCCCAGCUUUUAGUCGCCUCCAGUGAAGCUCCGCUCUCAAGGCACUAUCCUUGCCCUCUUUACGCGCUGGCAAUUGACGUCUCUGAGCUGUGUGGCCAAGGCAUUGUGUCAAUGCUGUCAAACGGCACUUAUCCUAGAAUUAUCUCUGUGUCAUUAGCUUCUGAAACUUUGGAGUGCGCUGUGGCUCUGGAUAGCGGAGAGGUCAUAUUUUAUCGACUGAGCGAAAACAUACCGGAACGAUCUACAGACGCUACAUCAGCCGAUCCAGAGCUUGUACUCCUCGAUAACCUCCCAACUCGCAAAAGUCAAGGUUUCCGCCCGCUAAUGAUGCUGAAGGGGAAAUCGAUCGCCGUAUCUGCGGUUGCGGUCUCGAAUAUUGGAUUCUUUGCUGUGGGUUAUGCUGACGGCAGCGUUGCUCUUGUCAACUUGCGGGGACCAUCUGUCCUGAGACCUGAAGGAAACGCAGGCAAACGCCACUCAAAAUUAUUUCACCUUCACAGACAUGAUGCGUCGACAGAGCGCAUUGUAUCUCUGAAUUGGUUUAUAUCGGGGCUGAGUACCGAUGAGCACCUCUGCGUUCGUCUCCUGGCUGUUCACGCGUCUGGUUCAACCGAUCACUACAGCAUUACACACAGAGCUGAGACAUCGUCAUGGAAAGCUGAGAAACAUGUUUCGCUAGAGACCAUACCCAACGUUUUGCCGGGAGCAUCAUACCUUCUAGAUAUCCGCGGUGGCGUUUCUAUCGAGGCCAACAGGUCAAGAUUCGCGGCGACAUACUCCCAAACUAAAGCCGCCGACCAUUGCUGCUGGGUUGCAAUAAAUGCUGAUGGUGCCCGUUGUGUCCUUGAUGUUGACGGUGAACGAAUCGGUAGAGUCGACUGGUCCAGUCGGAAGCACUUGGUGACCAACGUACAAAUUGUUAGUAAAAAUGGUUCCCAAGUCUUAGUUGCAAUCACAUCGCAAAACGACAUUAUGGUUUAUUCAUUACCCCAGUUAGAGUAUAUUUUCACCAUUCCGGUACCAAAGGAGUGUCGAGGAGUCGUUUCCGUUGAUAACUCAGGAGACUUUGUCAGCUUGAUCACGGAACCGUCUGGCCUCGCUAUGCAGAUCAAGUUGAGCUCUCUUUUCAGCUCGAGACGGUGUUAUGGCCCGCUAGUGGUAGAUUUAACUCGGGGCCAUCGUAAUCCUAUGCCUCCUCAGCCCCAGCCUGUCUCAGCUGGUCCCGUUUCUGCCCUCGGAUCAUGGCUGCAGUUCAACCGAUCAGCUACAGGCGACCAGAUUGACAAACUAUUUGCUGGACCUGAUAGACAAGUCCCUGAAGCAUCGUGGAACAUAAUGCAACAAAUUCGGGAUUCCGUAGGUGAAGACAAUAUUACCGGGGCCAUGAAUACCCUUGAGCAAACUCGAGGGGAUGUCUACAGUCACCUCACCUCGGCAUUAUCUGAGAGAGGGCAAAUGCUUGGAGACCUGGAGCAACAAAUGAACUCCUUGGGAGAAGGUAGUAAGAAGAUGGUCGAACAGGCUCAGAGGAUUGCCGCAGAGCAAAGCGCUAAGCGCUGGUUCCAGUUUUAGUCUGACAAAUUUGGCUCCCACAAUCGUGACGUUGGAAAAGAUCAUCAGAUUAUACGAGGGACGUGAUACGUAGUUACAUAAUGAUUCGCGUUACUUCAUGGAUCACUUUUUGCCUAUGAAUGCAUCCACGGUACUAGCUGUCAGCUUCUUCCUCUGCUCGUUGAGCAUUCCGAGGAACCCAUCAUCUGACGUCGUCUGUUUCUGGUGGUUCCACUCUUCUGAAUGUUUCGUGACUUGGCCUUCGCCAUUUGUCUCCAAGGUGAGG